UCAUUUCGUUGCACCGACUCUUUCGUGCCCCACUAUUACUCCUAUCGCCUCCGCAUCUGUUUUUUGCCACCAUCUCAGUUAUUGCGACGAUAUUUUUAAUUCCGUUGUACAAACUCCUUUCUCUGUCUUUAUAUCGCAUACAAAUGGCAGAACCUCCACGGAUGGACCCAUUCCCGGCGAAGCACAGAGAAGAAGACGCCGGGGCAGUUUUCGUUCUCCAAUCAAAAGGGAAAUGGUGGCAUGCGGGGUAUCAUCUGACGACGGCAAUAGUGUCGCCAAUGAUACUGACUCUACCGUUCGCCUUAAGAGGGUUAGGGUGGGGACUAGGCUGCUUCUGCUUAACACUUAUGGCGGUCGUCACCUUCUACUCUUACUACCUCAUGUCCAAGGUGCUCGACCACUGUGAGAAAGCUGGUCACCGCCAUAUCCGAUUCCGUGAACUCGCGGCCGACGUCUUAGGGUCGGGAUGGAUGUUUUAUUUUGUGAUAAUAAUCCAGACGGCCAUCAACACUGGAACUGGAAUAGGAUCAAUUUUGUUCGCAGGUCAAUGCCUUGAGAUUAUGUAUUCAAACCUAUAUCCCAAGGGAUCCCUGAAAUUGUACGAUUUCGUGGGAAUGGCGACACUUGUGAUGAUAUUCCUCUCACAGCUUCCUACCUUCCACUCCCUGAGACAUAUAAACAUGGCUUCGCUGCUUCUCAGCUUGGGCUACACUUUCCUUGUGGUCGUUGCUUGUAUUCAUGCAGGUACCUCAAAAAGUGUACCUCCACCUCCAAGGGACUAUUCCUUAGAAUCUUCAACUUCAGCCAGGCUUUUCAGUGCCUUUAUUUCCAUAUCCUUAUUAGCUGCCGUUUUUGGGAAUGGGAUGCUACCUGAAAUACAAGCAACUCUUGCUCCACCUACAAUUGGGAAGAUGGUCAAAGGCCUUCUCAUGUGUUACACCGUAAUUUUCAUCACGUUCUACGCAGUUGCAAUGUCUGGAUACUGGGUUUUUGGAAACAAAUCUAGUUCAAACAUUCUCACUAGCCUCGUGCCGAGUGACGGACCUUCUUUGGCCCCAACAUGGGUUCUUGGGCUUGCCAUCGUCUUCCUUCUGCUUCAGAUAUUUGCCAUUGGCCUGGUUUACUCUCAAGUUGUUUAUGAGAUCAUGGAAACUAAAGCAGCUGAUGUGAAGCAAGGGAUGUUUUCCAGAAGGAACCUUAUUCCUCGGUUGAUUCUUCGGACCCUGUACAUGAUAUUCUGUGGGAUUUUGGCAGCAAUGCUUCCAUUCAUUGGAGACAUUAGUGCUGUCGUAGGAGCAGUUGGCUACAUCCCUCUGGAUUUCAUCCUCCCAAUGCUUAUGUACAACAUGACUUGCAAGCCUCCAAGAUCAUCCCUUACCUAUUGGAUCAACAUCUCUAUUAUCAUUGUCUUCAUAGGCGUUGGAAUAAUGGGCUCAUUCUCCGCUAUAAGGAAAUUGAUUCAUGAUGCUGACAAGUUUAAGCUCUUUAGCAAUGAUGUAAUUGGUUGAGCUCACCAUAAGUGACAUGGUAGCCUUGUUAAUUAUCAAAUGCAGUGGGUAAUUCAUCCCUUUUGGCGUCAGGAAACUGCACCAUUGGUGGUCGGCCUGUAAGUGUUUGUAUACAUGGUAAAAUGAAAAUGAAAGACAAUGAUUCAUGUGUUAAUCAGCCCACUUAAUUGAUAGGUGUUCGCUUGUAUUUAUAGAAUUUUUUACAAGAUAAUACUUAACUGUUUA